CCCAGCCCAGCCCAGCCCACGACGGCACGCGUUCUGCGGAGUAAACCGCGGUGCUGGGAAGCCUCAUCGCCAGAGAAAAGACAAGAGACGCCUAACCCAAACCCUAGCCGCAUCCCUCCCUCCCCCGGCCGGCAAUCCAUGGCGCUGCGUAACCUGGCCAAGAAGUUGCGGAUCCCCACCUCUGCUGCUGCCCGGCUCCCGUCCGCCCCCAACCCUGCUGAUUUCCGGUUCCCGUCGGACCCUGGCGCUUGGCGGCCGUCCGUUUCUCGGCUCGAGAGCGCUAGAGACUGGUAUGAGUUUCAGCGAGCACGUUAUGAUGAUGUGACAACAGAGUUAAAAAACUACAGGCGUGAGGUUGUGUGGACUGAAAGGGCGGCUAACCUGUUUGAUUUGGUUUAUAAGGUGGGUUGUCCUAUUGUCGUUGGUACUUGGGUCAUAAAAGUGAUUGUCUAUCGGGCCAUGUGAUGGGGUAAUGGCCAUCUGCUGUGCGAACAUGAAGUUUCUGCCCACGAGCUCAUAUGCUCCCUUGUGAACGGUAAAAUAAAAUAAAAUAAAUCAGAAAAAAUCAAACAUUGACGAAUACUCAACAUGCGUGCAAUUUUACAUGAAGAAAUAACAUUCCAAAAUGCUUCUGUAAAAAAUAAUUGAUGCUCCAAAAAGUCGUUUUUAGAGCAAUUUGGAGCAUCGAUUUUUGUUUCUUAUAGGAGCAUCUUGGGAAAAAAAAUCUCAAUGAACUUUGCACGCAUGUAGAAAAUUCGUCAAUGUUUGUUGACAAGAAAUUUCUGAUUUUUUAAAAUUUUGUUUACUAUUGUCAUUGAGGAUGCAUAUAAGCUCGAGAGCGGAAGGCUCAUUGGCACAGAUGCAUGUGCGCUCGUUGUGGCAAGUGGCAAGUGGCAAGAGCAGAUAACCAUGUAGAAAUAACUGAUUGUUGUAUAUAUGUCUUGCUCUGUUGUGUCAUGGACCAGUGGCUAUGACUUUAUGUAAUUGUGUAUAAGCAUACUUUCUUGUAAUGUUUGUUGCACUUGUUGGUUUGAUGAAGAAUUAAUGUUGUGUUUGCUUUCAA